CUGUGUUUGAUAAAAGUGAAAAUUUCAAGUUAAAUUCAAUUCAGUUCAGUUGCUUUCUCUUUCUUUUUCUCCUGUUUUCUCUUUCUAUCUCAAAUCACUUUUUUUCACUCAAAUACUGUAUCCACUUGUUGGGCUUGCAAACACGCUCACUUGGUUCUCUCUUGGUUCUCGCUCUCUUUUUUUCUGGUCUCUCCCUUUUAUUACAAGUAAUCUUCAUGACUUGGAUCACUCGUCACAAUCAAAGUUAACAACCAACAAAUCAGUUGGUUGAUUAAUUCAUUUCAACUGUUAAUCCGAACAAUUAAAAGUGCUACUUUUCCUGUGGUGGCUUUACAAUCUCCUAAACAUAUGUUAAUUUGAACGCUUCCAGUGUUUUCCUUUUUCCAGUUACAUUAUUUUAGGUUUUGGUUUCACAUCUUUAAAUUGUAGUGCAACUGUUAUUGAUAUUAAUUUUAAUUGUCAUCGCUUAUGAUUGAAAACAUCGCCACCGCCACAAAAGCUACCAGCACAAUCAUUGUAACAUUAUCACCAGUUUAUUGUAUCCACUGUUGAUCUUGUUUUGAAUUUGGAUGGAGUAAAGAGAAGCCCUGGUUUUUCACAUAGACUCGACUGUAUACUUUCUUUGUGAUCUCAUAAAGCAAGUGGAUUACCCGAUUGGUGUUAAUUUUUAUCAUCAAAGUGUCAUUACAUUUACUGGUGGUUUGGUCGCCUUUCAUGGUUCCUUUCUCGAUAUUCAAUGAUGAAUGAAAGUAGCCGAGAAAAGCUGGAUAUGGAUCUGGGUGAAUUUUGUGUUAACAAUCGGAGCAACAAUAAAUUGCAAUCAUCUUCAUCAACCCAUGGUUUAAAUGAAUCAACUAUAAGCUUUGACCGAACCAAAGGAAUAUUUCUUCCUCGUUGGACUCUCAUUUUAAUUGCUUCAUUGAUUCUAUCCGGUCUCGUGAUAUUUACACUUCUUUUAUUUCAUUUGUUACCCAUUUGUACCAAUCAAUUGAACCCAAUUCAGGGUGCAAUAUCAUCAUCUUCAUCUUUAAUCAAAUCUUUAUCAUCUGAUUCAACAAGUAAUCCUCGUAAGAAGACACCAGCAGCUCGUCUUCCAACCGCCAUUGUGCCAACUUCGUACGCGAUUAAAUUACAACCGUUCAUUAUUCCUGACAACUUUACCUUUGCUGGUGAUGUAAAAAUUAUUUUGGAUGUUCGUGAAUCAACUGAUCGUAUUACCCUUCAUGCCAAUAAUUUAACCAUCUACAAUGAAAGUAUCAAGGUGGAAAGGUUAACCUUUAACCCAAAGAAAGAGGAACCAUCAAGCCCGAGUAAACAAGAUGAAAGUGAUGAUGGAUCAUCAUCUUUUUUCCUACCCAAAUCACGGUCAAUCAGGGCAAUUGGUGAUUCAAAGGGAACAACAAUCAACCCUCAACUUGUAUCUACAGCAAUUGAAAAGGAUAAUGAUUUCUUUAUCAUUUACUUGAACAAUCAACUUGUCGCCGGUAACAGUUAUUCACUGUCAAUAAAAUUUUUGGGAAAUCUGAAUAAAGAUUUGGCUGGAUUUUAUCGUAGCUCAUACAAUGAUACAAAUACUAACCAAAAAAGAUGGAUUGCCACAACCCAAUUUGAACCGACGGAUGCACGACGAGCUUUCCCUUGUUUCGAUGAGCCAGCACUUAAAUCGAUAUUCAACAUUACUUUGGUUCAUUUGAGUAACUUGACAGCAUUGUCGAACAUGCCAGUCAUGGAAACAAUUCAUAGAGGCGAAUGGACGGAAACUCGAUUCAGUCCAUCGGUUAACAUGUCGACUUAUCUAUUGGGUUUUGUUGUUGGUAAUCUUGAAAAUGACACUGUCAAGGAAGGUAAUCGAUCUUUUGGAGUUUGGGGCCGUCCAGGUACAAGGGAAUCGAGAAAAUUUGCACUUUCAAUUGGACCCAAGAUUUUACAACAUUAUGAAAAGUUCUUCGAUAUUGGUUAUCCACUGCCCAAAACAGACAUGAUUGCCGUUCCUGAUUUCAAUGCUGGAGCCAUGGAAAACUGGGGAAUCAUAAUAUAUCGUGAAACAACAAUGCUCUUUGAUCCAUCAAGUGCCUCAAUAUUUACUAAAAAACAGGUUGCUGAUGUAGUCGCCCAUGAAUUGGCUCACCAGUGGUUUGGUAAUCUGGUUACACCUAAAUGGUGGGACGAUCUUUGGUUAAAUGAAGGAUUUGCUACUUACAUGGAAUAUGAAGGUGUUAAUAGUGUUCAUCCGGAAUGGAGGACGCAUGAUGCAUUUAUAAUUGAAGGAAUUCAAGUGGUUUUCGAACUGGACUGUUUAACUUCAUCGCAUCCAAUCUCGGUAAAAGUCAGUGAUCCUGACGAAAUUAAUGAGAUUUUCGACCGAAUCUCUUACGAAAAGGGUGCAUCUCUCAUCAGAAUGAUGAGAUACACAUUAGGAGACAAGGUUUUCCGUGAAGGAGUAUCGACGUAUCUGAAAGCUUUAGCUUUUAAAAAUGCUGAACAAGAUGACCUCUGGCAUCACCUGACCAUUGCACAAAACAAUUCAUCUAAAAGUGUUAUUCCUGUUAAAAAAGUAAUGGACUCUUGGGCUCUUCAAGUUGGAUUCCCUUUGGUCACAUUGACCCGUUCUUACGGAGCUGGUAAAAAGGCUGGAAAAUUGACUCAGAAUAGGUUUUUACUCUCAUUGAACAACUCAAUCGAAUCUAAAGAACGCUGGGAAAUUCCAAUUUCAUUGACAACCCAAUCUAACCCAAGUUGGGAUCCACUACCACAGUUUUGGAUCCAUUCAAAUGAAGCUGAAAAAUCGAUGGAGGUUUCCUUCUUACCGAAAGACGAUGAAUGGAUCAUUCUCAAUUUACAAGAAGUUGGCUAUUACAAGGUGAACUACGACGAAAAAAAUUGGUUAAUGUUGAUUAAUCAACUUAAAAAAGAUCAUAAUCGUAUUCAUGUUCUCAAUCGAGCCCAAAUUGUUGAUGAUUUGUUUGAUUUGGCUCGUGCUAAUAUAGUCAACUAUUCAUUAGCAUUGGAAGUUACUCGGUAUCUUGUUAAUGAAGAAGACUUUGUUCCUUGGGGUUCAGCUUCCAGUGAAAUCAGAUUUUUGGACUCAAUGUUGAGACGAACAAGUCUUUACGGUCGUUGGAAGAGUUAUGUUCUGAGUUUAGUUGUAAACAAAUACAACAAAUUUGGAUGGCGAGCUCCCGACAAUCCAGAUGACAUUGCUAGUCAAAUUAUGCAAUUAAGAGUUAUCAACUGGGCUUGUUAUUAUCAACAUAUGCCAUGCAUUCUUGAAGCUCAGAAGCAAUUUGAAGCCUGGAAAACAGCAAAAUCCGAGAACAAGACAAACCCAGUGCAUCCAAAUUUGAGAGGAGAUGUUGUUUGCUUUGGUAUUCAAUGGGGAACUGAAAAGGAUUGGCAAUGGGUUUGGGAACAAUACUUGUCUGCAUCGACUGCAACUGAAAAAGAGUAUCUUAUGAGAGGUUUAGCAUGUUCCAGGGAACCCUGGUUAUUGAAUAGAUACUUAGAAAUGUCUCUUGACGAUUCAAGUGGAAUCAGGAAACAAGAUGGUUCCACUGUUUUCCGAGCCAUUGCCACAAGUGGCUAUGGUAGGGACAUUGCAUUCAACUUUUUCCGUAAUAAAUGGGAUAAAAUUGUUUCUUAUUAUGGUAAAUCUUACUUUGCGAUGAGCCAUGUGAUAAAAUCGGUUUCAAGUUCAAUCACACUUCCAUUUGAAUUGAACCAGUUUAAAUCAUUUUAUGAAAGUGUAAAAGAUGACUUAACGUCAGCUCAAAGAGCUUUUAAACAAGCAUUGGAAAAGGCUGAAGCAAAUGUUGCCUGGAUGAAUCUAAAUUACCAGGAGAUCGAGAAUUGGAUAAACCAACAAAAAACAUCCUAAAUGGAACCUUUAUGAGCUUUCUUGAAUUUCAUUUUGACUACACGAAAUCAUCAUUAAUAUUAUUACCAUAAUUCAUCCUCUCUGAGUUUUUACUGUUUUCUUUGCUUUUGUUUUUCAUUUUUUGUCUUUCAUCUGUCAUCUUUUAUCGGUAAAUAGACUUUAAUAAACUCGAAAAGACUGAUUUAUAACAGUAACAAGUAAUUUGACUGUUAUAUUGUUACAACUAAUUUUAAAAUAUAUAAACUGUAAA